GCUUCUAUUUUUGGAACAGGGGGAAACCAGUGUGUAUUACGUUAUUUACGUAAAUAGCAGGGGUAUAAUGACACAGCCGAAUUUAUUUGACACGGUGCAGUAUGCUUGGCAUAGAGGUUUUUAAUUUGAUUCGUCAAGAUGGGAAUAAAAACUUCUAAGUUAAACUGUGGGGGUAAAGGAGCCAAGGAGGAACCUUAUCGCUCGCGCUCUGUGACAGUGAAAAAUGUUGUCAAGAAAACGAGGGUUGAAAAUGGUGACCAUGUAGCUGGAACAGAUGAAGUGAGCAAAGACGUUUUGAAAGCAAGAAAUUCCAAAGGUCAAACUUCUCAGGGUAAGCAAAAAGGACAAAAUGGAGGACCAAAAAUUACAAGAGACACAAGCACAAAAGAAACUGCUACUCACAGUAAAAAGGUCAAGGAGACCCCUAAUAAAUCUGAACCCAAACCAUAUGAAUUUGUAAAGGGUAAGAGAUUGAAUGAUUCUACAACUAAGACUUCAAAACUGGGUGCUACAACUAAUGAUCCGGAUGAGACAGCUCUAAAGUCUGUGACUAGCCGAGUGGGAGAUACUGAUGAGACAGCUCUAAAGUCUGUGACUAACCGAGUGGGAGAUACUGAUGAGACAGCUCUAAAGUCUGUGACUAGCCAAGUGGGAGAUACUGAUGAGACAGCUCUAAAGAGACCGAUCUCUUCCAGUAAUGUUACAGAUACUAAUGAAUCUACUUUGGACAUGGACUGCAUCCCAUCACUGAAUAUUGAGGAGAGACCUCAAUUUGAUAGACAUGAGGAAUUUGCAGAUGCAGAUCCAUCUGAGUACAAUAAACAACAGUGGAUGAAAAGCUGCAUCUUGUCUAAACAGGAAAAAAUUAAGAAGAAAUCUGAAGGAAAACAUAUUGAGCCAGAGCCAGGUGAAGACACAGAAGAAAGUGAGGAGGAUGAAGAUGAAGAUUCUGAAGAAAGCAAGGAGGAGGGAAAAGGUGGAGGACGUAAUUACAAUUUUGGACAUGUAACCAACAUGAUCAUUGGCACAGGGAAAAUAAUCGACAGAAGUACACAUGAAACAUCCAAAAAGAAUGGCAAAGCAAAAAAGCAGUCUAAAACAGGCAAGAAGAAAACAAAAGGAGAGACAGUAAAUGCAGAAGACGUGAGAAAUUUGGGUAUUGGAACUGUAGUGAUAUUGGAUCAAAGCAAAAACACAGAACCGCCCAAACCAGCAAGGGAAAAGGUGGAGAAAAAGGUAGUGCCCAAAACAGAAGUAAAUAAGCCAAUACCAUCACUGGACAUGAAAGAGCUCAUCUCGGUGGAACCGUCGGUUGGAAUAAUUCAUGGCUAUAAUAUGAAUGGGACCGUUUUCAGAGUUGGAAAGGACAAAAUCAUGACUGCAUGGCAUGUGGUUAGAGGAAUGCUAUGGGUUGACAGUCAGUCUAAAAAACUGGAUUAUGAACGAUUGGCUGAAGUAUUUGUAGACUUUAAUUAUGUAAAAGAAUAUCAGUCGGACCAUUUGAAAAGGUUUCCACUAGAACCAACUGUUCUGUAUUUCGAUGACAAAUUAGACAUUGCUGUUCUCCAACUAAAGCCCAAUAUUUAUGGAAUGGCAUAUCCAGUUGCAUUGACAAAAUUUGACAAAUUCACACCAGAAGUGCAUGAGAAAUAUUCAAUAUAUCUUAUUGGCCAUUCAAAUUCACUCCAGAAGAGUAUGGAUCAUGUUAUGAAAUACUGGCAUCCUUUUGAUCAUCGUAUCACAGAGCUUACAGAUUGGAGUGCGAAUGAAUUUAAUUUUAAACAUGGCUUUGGCUAUACUGGAAUCAAGGAGAAAACUCGACUGCUUUUUCGGUGUUCUUUUCGACAUGGAGCUUCGGGGUGUCCUGGUUUCCUCGUACGUUCUGAGGGAGAUGUAAGGGUGGUGACUGUUCUUCUUAGAGGAUUCCCAGAUUUCUACUAUUACGACAAUUUUACAGAGGAAGAAAAAAACAGGGUUCCUACUGAAAAACUUAUACAGCAAGGUGCCAACAUAGGGGCUAUCAUGGAAGAUAUGGAAAAGAAAAACAAAGAAUUGUUCAGAGAGAUUUUUCAGUACAGUGAUUUUAUUUCACAUUCUGAGAAAAACCAACCUCUUGAUACUCCUUUGGAAGAAAAGGUGCCAGCUUCAUCACAAAAUCCUGCAUGCACUGAAACUGAAAAUAACCCUGCAGAUUCUGGUGACCAAGUAACCUGCAUGCCCAAAGUGGCGUCGGAACAGGAUACCCAGGUUAUGCUUGCAUCAGGUAAGGAUACAUCUCACAAUAUUACGGAAAGUGAGUCGGGGAAUACAUCAAGCUCUGUGGGCAAGCAUCAACCUGUAGCCGCCAUGACCCAGGAUCAAAAUGGGGCACAUUUCCAUGAACCCCCAUUAAUAGUUGAAAGACUUCAGGGAAAUACUAACAUGUCUGGAAAUGAAGCUGAAAGUACAGAGAAUUUAAACACUGACGAGAAUGGUGCUUCAUCAGAGAUGGGAGCUGGCUCUCAAUCCAUAAGCAAAAGAAAUAACGCAAUAGCUUUCUCAGUGCAGGCCAUUGAUGAUGGCCCCACAGAUCAGGGCAGACAUGCAGCUCAACUCUCCCCCUCCUUUCUCAACAGACAAAUGUCAGAAACCACCACCUCAGCUUCAGAAGUUUUAUGUGCAGAAAUAAGACAGCAAGCUCAUAGCACCAAGUCAGCAAGUGCCAGCAAGAUUUGGUAAUUCAACCAGGUCCUGAAAUACAAUUCAAAUGUGUUGUGCCAACUCCAAGUAUGCUUUCAACUAACAGACUUGAAUUUAGUAGCUUAUAAAUAUCACUUUGUAACUGGAUUCACUCCGAUUUUGAAAUUGUAGUUCAGUGCAUUCAGUAUACAUGUACAUGUACUGUCAUCCAACGAAUGAUUAUCUUGUUUUACAUUGUUUUGUAAUUUGCUUUUUAUUAAUUUUUUUGAGUGCAACUUGUACUGUGAUAUAAUCAAAUGCAUCUUGCACAUAUGAUUGCAUCAUCAUUCCUGAAUCACAAUACCUGAGAAUAGCAUCUCUAAUAUAGUAAUACAUAUAAAAAAAAUUAUGGUUGUCAAGAGCAAGGUUGUAUUUGAGGAUUGUAUACUUGUUAUUUCCUAAUCAUUAUAUUUGUCACCGUUUACCAGAGUUAAUAAAAAUGGUUUUUUAACA